GAUUGCUGAUAGGUCAUUAAUGUCACAAUCCAAAACAAAACGGGGUUUUGUUUAUUUACUUGUAAAAUAAGUAUAAAAUGACUGAACUAACAACAUUAGCCACCUUCCAGUGCAAGCAACAAGUAAUACGUGCUGUUAGAUUCAACGUGGACGGGACCUACUGCCUAACUUGCGGAGCAGACAAAAAAAUAAAACUCUGGAAUCCACAACGGCAACUUUUACUAAAAACUUAUGGAGGACAUGCAAAUGAAGUCCUAGAUGCAGCUGGAUCUUGUGACAGCAGUCAAAUUAUAUCAUGUAGCAGCGAUAAAUCUGUAAUACUAUGGGACGUUACAACCGGCCAGCCGUUGCGAAGAUACCGCGGCCACGCGAGCUCAGUAACCUGCAUUAAAUUCAAUGAAGAGUCAACAAUGGCGGUCUCCGGGUCCGUAGACAACACCGUCGCGUUUUGGGACGUGAUGAGCCGUAGACAAGAACCUGUACAAGUUUUAAAAGAUGCAAAGGACACAAUCACAUCCAUCCAAGUAACUGACCAUGAAGUUUUAACUACUUCAGUAGACUGUCAUGUAAGGCUGUAUGAUUUAAGGAUGGGGAAAAUGACAUCUGACUUUAUAGGCCAUAUUGUGACUUUUGGGAGCUUAACAAGAGAUGGGCAAUGCUAUAUCCUUAGCUGCGCUGAUAGCACAGUAAAACUAUUUGAUAAAGAUUCUGGGGAGAUUCUAAAUACUUUUACAGGCCAUGAAAGUAAAGAUUAUUUGCUAGAAAAUGCUGUAAAUGAAAAGGAUAGUCAUAUCAUCUGUGGUUCAGCGACUGUCAUCAUCCGACAGAGAAUAGUAUUGUAACAGCUUGUGAAGAUGAAAUAAAACUAUGGGGUGUAGAAAAAAUGGAGACAUCAUGAUCUAAAGCAAUCCAAUAAAUUUAUUCAUUUAUAUGUACAAAUAUUAGCCAAGGAAUUGUUUGUCAGGUGUUAUAAGUUAAAGUUAAUCUGUAAGAUAAGAAUUAUAUAAAAAUUAA